AUGACGUCAAGUAGUAGAGGAUGCAGUAGAACUGCUAUGAGACUAUUAAACUCUUCAAGGACAACAAUCUCACCCCGAACUCGUCUCAACACAACAUGUAUAUACAAACUCUCUACUCCUCCUCUCACAAGAACCUACGCAGUUGCCGCCUCAACCUUCAAACCCCUCGAUACACCACCCACGCAUCUUCCACACAUCGCUGCCCUGCCUCCCGUCACCCCCUCCCCAGGCACCACCACCUACAAAAUCUCCGCAGGAAUCAUCAUAAGUCGACCCCCUCUCCUCACCCAAACCGCCACGCCUUUUGAAAAAGCAUUCUACCUUUACCAAAAAAGAUUAAAUGAGAGAUUGGUAUUACCAUUCACGCGAUACUUUUAUCAUAAGAAAGAUCAACCCGCGGACAUUGAGUGGAAGGCUAGGGUUAAAGAGAGGAAUGGGGUUGCGGGGAGGGAUAUUGGCAGUUAUAAGGCGUAUGGGGACGAUGGGUGGAAUGAUGAGGUUCUUAUUGGAGGGGAAGAAAGCAAGAUUGGGGAGUGGGAGGAUAUGGCGGGGAAGCUUGUGGAAGAUGGGAUGGGGGAGGAGGGGGAGAGGGUUAAGCUUGAGAGUAGGGAGGGUACUGGAGAGGAAGAUAGGAGGAGUUUGGCGAGAAAGAUGGAGGAGACGGUUUAUUUGGUGGUGAAGGGGAAGAGAAUGCGUACCAAUAGGGAGGGGGAGGAAGUGGAAGUUGAUGUUUGGGAGUUUCCGAGGGGUGAUAUGCAGGGAAAUGAGGCUUUGCAUACGGCAGCCGAACGCAUCCUCCAGCAAACCGCCGGCUCAAAUAUGAACACCUGGAUAGUAGGGCGCGUCCCCGUUGGCCGACUAACCAUCAAGCCCUCUCCCAAAUUCGAGCGAGAAGCCGAAAAGGUUUUCUAUAUGAAAGGGAGGAUUAUGGCGGGUCAGGUGGAUUUGAAGGGGAAUGAAUAUCGGGCUGAGGAUUUCAUGUGGUUGACGAGAGCGGAGAUUGAGGGGGUGGUUACGAAGAGGUUUUGGAGUCAGGUUAAGGGGAUGAUGGGUGGUAGACUCGGAGACUUGGAAUCAGAGAGUCAAAUACAAACUCGAACUUCGAUCCAAAUUCCCAAGCCAAGUGCAACCUCCCAAGUCCAAAUCAAACCUCAACGAUAUCAUAUCAUGUCAUUCCUUGGUCUUCAAACUGCUUUGAGUUUACUUGAGACAAAUGAGGGGAGCAAUGGGUAUGAGGGUGGGAAUGGGAACGAAAACGUAAACGUAAAUAAAGUAACGAUAAUAGCAAAACAUCUACCUGGAGAUAAGUCACCGGAGUAUUGUUCCCCCUGGGCAGGUGCUGAUUGGAGAAGUCAUACUGAGAGGGGUGGAGGGGAAGAGGAGAGGGCUUAUAGGGUUUGGGUUGAGAGGAUUGGGUGGGAGAAUGAUGGGAAAGAGGGUAAAGAGGGGAAGAAGUUAGGGAUGAGAAUGGGUAUGGCAUUAACACCAUCAAUAUACUUCUUAGGCGCAAAUUAUCUAUGGGCGGGAAAUCGAUGUGAAGGGGGUAUGGUUUGA